AUGGAUUGGUUACGCUCGGCACUGAACGAUGAUACUAGCAGCGACGAGGAAGGCUUGGGCAACGCUGCCGAUGUUGCUGCUGGAAGUUCUAACAGGAACAUCGAGAUAAAGGAAUCCUCCACGUCUUCUGAGCAGAAGGACGAUCAUAUCGCACACACUGACGUCGACUACGGCGUUAAUGAGGCUGCUGAAGCUGAUACACUAAGUAAAGAUGUGGAAGGUGGCCAAGAUCGGGAGUCUUUGGACGUUUCUCCCCCUCCGCAAAGUGUUCCGGAGCCCCUGUUUUCGUUCGCGACCUCUAGGCAAGCAGAGGAUUACAGCAAGGCUGAGAUCAUUCGCAUAAACCCGCCACAACUAUCGGAAGAGGACCUUCGUGAGCUAGAGGCGCCCGUAGGCGACGACCCAUCGCAUGAAGACAGUCACCUGGAUGCGACAGGGGUACAACCGGAGCAGGAGUCGCUGAACUCCAGGCAAAAGGGUUCUCUGGACACGCUAGAGAUCAUGCAGCGUUUCAACAUGAUCCACAGCGGCAGCAAUAUAAAGGCACCAAAACAACGCGACUGGUUCGGCAGCGACAUCCGUGUGACCGAGAUCAACGCCGACGACCUUCGCAUGGGAAAGAACGAGAAGAGUGCGAGUUACUCAACAUCGAAGGCGGCUCUCCUAGAGGGGCGGACAGCGUUCCAGGCGCCUGCACGCCGACUCGAAACCGACGAUGGACAUGUUUUGACUACCAAUGUCAUGAGGAAAACGUCGAAGAGAAAGCACCAGAUAAGCUGGCUGGCUGCGGAUGCGCAGGAGCGGGAACUGGAACUUCUGGAGCGAACUGCGCAAGCGCGCAAGACGAAGCACGAGACCCAGAUGAAAUACGGGUGUGCCCUUAAAACGCAAUCUACAUUAAAGUUUGUUUCUUUACAUGUCUCUGGUGGGACAGUGGCCGACUACAGGCGGCAAUCACGUAUCACAUCCGAGCGUGAGUCAUGGACAUGUUGGGGCCAUUCGGACCCAUGUAAGGCGGGGGAGGGGAGUGCAUCAUGGGGGGCAUGUGCAUCGGAAUUAUCUGCGGGGGCGGAGGAGGUGGAGGCGACGGCUGGUACAACGCAUUGA